AUGACGCAGAAGAACAAUGUCAUCAGGCAUUGGUGUUAUCCCAGUUGUUGUGUUAAAUUUCUUAACUCCUUCAUCAUGGAUUCAUUGGACAGUGUUCUUUUUCUCAAGAAAAUAGACAAAUGUUGGCAAGACCACUGCAGACAAAUGGUAAGGCUUGUUUUUCUUCCAAAUAAUACUUUUGUGAACUUGGAUCCCAGAUGGUUUCCCCCCACGAACACCUGCAACUUCCUGAAAACUGCCUUGCGAGUUGGAACAGGAACUAUCUUGAGUAGCUUUCCAGGGGUCACAGAUAGAUGUGGAGGCAGGGGAGAUCAUUAGCUGUGCUAGAGAGAGAAGUGCUUUCUGCUCACAGAUAUUUAGGCAAAUACAACUUUUUUGUUUUAUUAGGAAAUGAUGCAAGCAAUUAUAUAUUUAGGACCUAUUUUGGUUGCAUUGCUUUUGUGUCCUGACACAAGGUAUUCAAUUCGCAACUCUUGGCGACAGUUUCUGUCACUUCGAAUCUGGUACAUUAUGCUGCAUAAUUUUUAGGGGUCCCUUAGGAAGAUAACCCUUUUUGCAAUGCGCCUCAGUAAUUUUAAAAGGGCAGCGCCAUAAAACCUGCUUAAAGAAGUAUUUCAUCAGAAUAUUGUAUGAAGAAUUAGAUUAAAAUGUGCCCUCACUUCAGUCUCUGGAGGGAAUGAAGUUUCCCCAGGUGACAGGAAGUGCAGCAGCUUUUCAGUGUCUCUUACCCUGUCCUGGUUGUGGAAACCUGCACAUCAAUGGGGCAAGUAAGAGGAUGUGCACCAUUCAUCUUAAGGAACAUGGUAAAGCAAGAGGGAGGAGUCGGUCAGUUCAUAUGUUUGACUUUCUAAAGUUGCAGUCAAUAAGGCAUAUUUAGAAACAAGGCCUGUUAAAAUUGGUGGCCUUCCCAACCAAGUAAUCAUGUUUAGGAUCAGGGCACAAGAAUGAUCUUGCUUUAUGUCAAAAUGUUUAUGGCUUGAUUUUUUUUUCCCUCCCCCUUACAGAUAAUGAUUAGAAGUAUCUUUUUGUUCCUGGAUCGAACAUACGUUCUUCAAAAUUCAAUGCUGCCAUCAAUUUGGUGAGAAUGAAAAGAGAAGUAUUGAUUUUAGACUUCCAAAUGCUUUGUCAAAAAUAUAGAUUCAGUUUUUCUUCCCUUCCAUUGUGAUUGAGAGUCACAGUGAACUGACAGUGAAUAGAGAAUCUUGGUAGCAUGGCUGGUAUAUAUGUUUUCUUUGCUUAUCCUGACCACCCAGAUUUUCACAAGGGGGGGGUGUGGCAGUUGAAAGCUAAAGUUAAGCUAAACCAAGUUCAUAUUUGGAAAGUAUCAACUAGCUCCAGAACGGUGAACGAGGUCACUAUGCAUAUUGUUUGGAUACCAAGAAUGGCAGCAGUGCUACAUGUUGGGAACAAUUGAGCCAUCAGGAACCAGCUGGGCAAAAGGGUCUCUGUCUUCUGGCACCAUUUUCAAACAUCACAAUAAGCCAUACACAAGCCAUUUAUGCCUGCGUCUUGCCUCUCCACCAGCACUGUGGAGAAACAAAGAACAAUUAGCAUUGUUUCUUUUGUUCCUGGUUUUUCAAUCACUGUUUGCGUGAGCACAACAAUUCCUGGUUCAGGUAUAAUGCUAAGCAGGUGUUAUCAUGGUUUGUUUCCUCUGCACGCUCACAGUGAAAAGCAAAACAAUCCAGGUUGACGCAUUCAUGGUAAACCAUUAAUUAUGCUUUACUAUGAAACGGGCCAGUGGCAAAAGCAAAUAGCAAUUUAGUCUUGAAAUUUUAAAACAGGUGAUGCAAAAGUAGAAUGCUGCUAGCCUGGAACAAUUGACUGGUUGUUUUUGUUUUUAACCAUGUAGUUAAGCAUGCUUAACAAAAUGCAGACCUUUGGGUUAUGCCCUCCAGAACUCUACUCAUUGUCUGUGUACUUAUUUAAAAUCUCCUCAGUGACUUUUACAGGAACAAAAUGUGUCAGAGCCUUGGUUUAGAGCCUUGUGUUCCCAGUGUGGUAUCAGUGUUAUAAGUGGUGCACAUUAGGUUGGACCUCAAUUUAUCAUACCAUUUAUAGAAGGACUCCUUUCGUGAAAGGAGCUAUAAGUUUUUUCCAACCUAUUUAUUGCUUGUAUUAAACUUGCUACUAGUAUUAAAUUCUGGAAGCACUCCUGUUGUUUUCUCCCGCAGCCAACUGCCUGUUUUUAAUCUUUUAAAUCCCAUUCUCAACUUAACUCUGGAAGAGUUCCUAGUAUGUAUGUAUUUAUCCAAAUUUCAGGUUAUAUGAGUAGGUAUAUCCAAUUCAUAUGAAUACAUGCCUCUUAAAUGCAUUUACACACAUUUUUUGGUCCUUGGAAAAAUGUGCAGGUAAAAUGGGCCCAUUCCACCCUUGGUGUAAGAGCUUGCUAUGGACAUUUACACAGAUCACUUAAGGCCUGGUCAACUACUAGUUUCUGAACCCUUUAUGAGAAUCUGGCUUGCUGGGUUAGGUCAUAUAUGCAUGAAAGAGCCAAGGACUCACUUUCUCUUGUGCUGUAUUCAGAAAGUAAUACCUGAUCAGGCCUGUAGAUUACUUCUGCAGUUGAGCACUUAGACAAAAUAAAUGUAGAACAAAGCUGCCUCUCUGUGUUGGUCUCUGCUUCCUUAUAAUGAUUUAUUCAUUUCCAGGGAUAUGGGGCUAGAAUUGUUUAGGACUCAUAUAAUUAGCGAUCAGAAGGUCCAAAACAAGACCAUUGAUGGCAUCCUUCUGUUGGUUGAGCGAGAGAGGAGCGGCGAGGCUAUUGACAGGAGCCUUCUUCGCAGCCUUCUCAGCAUGCUUUCAGAUCUUCAGGUAAGCAAGGGAUGCCCCAUCACACUGAACCUGUACUUGUUGUGUUGUGUUGUGUUGUGUUGUAAACUGUCUUGUGAUCUUCUGAUGAUGGGUAGUAUAUAAAUUUAAUUAAUAAAUAAAUUAAAUGAUUGAAUAAUGUCAGAGUAAGCUGUGAGAGCAUCCUAAGCAAAUGACCCAUUUGUUUUCCACAGAUUUAUCAGGAUUCUUUUGAACAUAGAUUCUUAGAAGAAACAAAUCGCCUGUAUGCAGCGGAAGGACAGAGGCUUAUGCAAGAAAGAGAGGUAUUUUAUUACCUUAUUGCUCAUGGGCACCAUGGGGACAUUAACCUCCUGGUUAAUGAGGGCAGAACAGUAGCUCCCAAGACUUGUUUUGCUGUGCUGACACGGGCUACAAUUAAGUAUUUCAGCAAUAAUACGACAAGAUGUAAUAAUGCCCCUCCAAUUUGGUUCUCAGACAUUUUUCCCCCAAUAAAGGAUAUACCAUUCUCACCUUAUUUAACUUUUCUCCAUAAUUUAUUCAAUCUGUCAGGUUCCAGAGUACCUCCAUCAUGUCAACAAACGCUUGGAAGAAGAAGCAGACAGGAUUAUCACCUACUUGGAUCAAAGCACUCAGUAAGUGUGUAGACUCCCUCAACCUGGUGUGUUAAACAUGUUUAAAAUGACCUCCUGGUUUCAGCAUUUCUUUUCGCCAAAGUGUGGUUUAAUUUCCUAGACAUAAAGAAUAAUGUCCAGCAAGGCCACACUCACAUCAGUUGUCAGAAAUUACAUAGUUUCCAGGAGAAAAGACAAGCGUUGACACCAUUAAAACCAUGCAAAACUUAAACAAGUUCUGGGAAUAAAUUGUCAAAGAUGAGAGUUGUAGCUCAUCAACAUCGAGAGGGCAUUGCAUUGGCUACCUCUGCUCUAGAUGAUUUAUCUGCUUCUAUAUAAAAGACAGGAGAGACCAGAAGCAGUUUUUUAUACACACACACACCCCACCAAUCUGGACCAUAAACACAUUGUUAACAAGUAAUUAGGAAUGUUAUUGUUUGAAGCAUCUUGGUAUUCCAGUUGGGUUGAAAACGGUUAACUGGUAAGCAAAAAGAAUGUAAUUCUAAACACUUUUUCCUAUAGGAAACCACUAAUUGCUACUGUAGAAAAGCAGCUGCUAGGUGAACAUUUAACAGCCAUUCUACAGAAAGGUAACCUAUCUUUCUUCAUAUAAAUCUUUCUUCUUACUGCUUCUUCAGGGCUUUCAGUUCCAUAUACGAAAUGGUGAUUUGCAAGCAGUGGCGUAGUAAUAAUAAUAAUAAUAAUAAUUUAUUAUUUAUACCCCGCCCAUCUGGCUGGGCUUCCCCGGCCACUCUGGGCGGCUUCCAAAAGAAUAUUAAAAUACUAUAAUACAUCAAACAUUAAAAGCUUCCCGAACAGGGCUGCCUUCAGAUGUCUUCUAAAAGCCUGGUAGUUGUUGUUCUCUUUGACAUCUGGUGGGAGGGUGUUCCACAGGGAAGGCGCCACUACCGAGAAGGCCCUCUGCCUGGUUCCCUGUAACUUGGCUUCUCGCAGUGAGGGAACCGCCAGAAGGCCCUCAGUGCUGGACCUCAGUGUCCGGGUAGAACGAUGGGGGUGGAGACGCUCCUUCAGAUAUACUGGACCAAGGCCGUUUAGGGCUUUAAAGGUCAGCACCAACACUUUGAAUUGUGCUCGGAAACGUACUGGGAGCCAAUGUAGGUCUUUCAAGACCGGUGUUAUGUGGUCUCUGCGGCCGCUCCCAGUCACCAGUCUAGCUGCCGCGGUCUGGAUUAGUUGUAGUUUCCGGGUCACCUUCAAAGGUAGCCCCACGUAGAGCGCAUUGCAGUAAUCCAAGCGGAGAUAACCAGAGCAUGCACCACUCUGGUGAGGCAGUCCGCAGGCAGAUAGGGUCUCAGCCUGCGUACCAGAUGGAGCUGGUAAACAGCUGCCCUGGACACAGAUUUGACCUGUGCCUCCAUGGACAGCUGUGAGUCCAAAAUGACUCCCAGGCUGCGCACCUGGUCCUUCAGGGGCACAGUUACCCCAUUCAGGACCAGGGAAUCCUCCACACCUGCCCGCCUCCUGUCCCCCAAAACAGUACUUCUGUCUUGUCAGGAUUCAACCUCAAUCUGUUAGCCGCCAUCCAACCUCCAACCGCCUCCAGGCACUCACACAGGACCUUCACUGCCUUCACUGGUUCUGAUUUGAAGGAGAGAUAGAGCUGGGUAUCAUCUGCAUACUGAUGAACACCCAGCCCAAAUCCCCUGAUGAUCUCUCCCAGCGGCUUCAUGUAGAUGUUGAAAAGCAUGGGGGAGAGGACAGAACCCUGAGGCACCCCACAAGUGAGGGCCCAGGGGUCUGAACACUCAUCCCCACCACCACUUUCUGAACACGGCCCAGGAGGAAGGAGCGGAACCACUGUAUAACAGUGCCCCCAGCUCCCAGCCCCUCAAGACGGUCCAGAAGGAUGUUAUGGUCGAUGGUAUCAAACGCCGCUGAGAGAUCCAGCAGAACUAGGAAACAGCACUCACCUUUGUCCCUAGCCCGCCGGAGAUCAUCAACCAGUGCGACUCAAGGCAGUUUCAGUCCCAUGAUGAGGCCUGAAUCCCGACUGGAAGGGAUCCAAAUGGUCCGCUUCUUCCAGGCGUGCCUGGAGUUGUUCAGCAACCACUCGCUCAAUCACCUUGCCCAAGAAUGGAAGAUUUGAGACUGGGCGAUAGUUGGCUAUUGUGGCCGCAUCUAAAGAUGGUCUUUUAAGAAGCGGUUUAAUAACCGCCUCUUUCAGCGGGUCUGGGAAGGCUCCCUCACGGAGGGAAGCAUUCACCACCCCACGAAGCCCAUCGCCCAGUCCUUCCCGGCUAGCUUUUAUAAGCCAGGAUGGGCAAGGAUCAAGGAGGCAAGUGGUUGGUUUCACUCGUCCAAGCAGCCUGUCCACAUCCUCGGGGGUAACAGAUUGGAAUUGAUCCCACACAACUUGACUAGACAGGACUCUAGCACUCUCCCGCCCCGGCCCUGCUCCCACGGUGGAGUCUACCUCUUCUCGAAUCUGAGCGACUUUAUCUGCAAAAAACUUUGCAAAGUCAUUGCAGGAGAUCAUGUGGCCGCUACUGGGCCCUGAUGGAGCAGGUGGUUCCGCUAAAUUGCGAACCACCUGAAAGAGUCUCCUGCUGCUGUUUUCCGCAGAUGCAAUAGAGGCGGUGAAGAAAGUCUUCUUCGCCGUCGCUAUCGCCACUUGGUAGGCUCGACAUUGAGCUCUAACCCGUGUCCGGUCAGAUUCAGAAUGGGUUAUCCGCCACCGGCGCUCUAGCCGUCUCAACGAUUGUUUCAUUGCCCUCAGAUCCGUGGAAAACCACGGGGCUGUCCGGACUCCAUGCAAUCGGAGAGGGCGCGUUGGAGCCAAACAGUCAAUAGCCCUGGUUAACUCCACAUUCCAGCGGGCCACCAGGGAAUCAGCUGAAAGGCCAUCAACAUGGGAUAAAACAUCCCCUACCACUCUCUGGAAACCAUUUGGAUCCAUUAAGUGGCGGGGGCGGACCAUCUGAAUCGGUCCCGCCUCCCUGCAGAGGGGAAGGGUCACGGAGAAGUCCAGUUGCACCAGGAAGUGAUCUGACCAUGGCACUUCUUUGGUUUCGCUUUUACUUAAUGUCAGAUCACCAACAUCCAUAGAGGUGAACACCAGGUCUAAGGCAUGCCCGUGGCUAUGAGUUGGGCCAGACUUAUUCAGGGACAGCCCCAUGGAGGCCAUGCUUUCCACGAAGUCCCGAGCGGCCCCUUGUAAGGUCGUGUCGGCAUGGAUGUUAAAGUCCCCUAGGACAACCAAACUAGGUGUCUCCAGGAGGACAUCCGCCACGACCUGAAGCAGCUCGGGCAGGGAAUCCUUGGUGCAGCGGGGAGGUCGGUACACCAAUAGGAAUCCUGUACUGCCCCUAUUGCCCAACUUCCAGAACAUGCACUCAGAGAACUGGGUCUUUCCAAUAGGACGCCUGGUGCAAACUAAUGACUUCCUAAAAAUCACUGCAACAGACCCUCCCCGCCCACAAGGCCUGGGUUGCUGUGCGUAAGAGAAACCCGGUGGACAAGCAGCGGCAAGGACGGGCCCAUCUGCUUCAUCCAACCAGGUCUCUGUCACACAUGCCAGGUCAAAUCCUCCAUCCACAAUCAGGUCGUGGAUGGCAGAGGUUUUAUUCAUCAUUGACCUGGCAUUGCACAGCAACACUUUCAGGUCAUGUGGGUUUCCCUUGUUGAUUCCAGUAGCAAGGCCAGGUGGUACCCGGUGUAGAAUUUUUUUUGUCAGCCCCCCCCCAUUGAAAUUAUUAAAAGGAAUUAUACUUACACAAGUGUUAUUUUCUGGUUUAUUUACUUACCAUUGUGAUCAUAAGCACCUAAAAUGUUUUUCCCCUAACAUUGUCUCAGAGACUGUAUUUUUAAUCUCUUUUCAAUCAUCAAGGCAUUCUUAAGUGUUGCCUGCUUCCCACCCCUACCAUCCAUAUCUACCCUAUGUGUCUCCUGAGUUUUUUUCAUGUUAGUCUCAUCCAUUUUUCCUAAUUUCCUCCCUUCCUUGCUUCAAGACAUUCAAUUCUUCUGUUAUCAAUGGUUCUAUCUUAGUAGUCAGUUCUGACACUAUUUCAAUAUUUUCAUCCAUUUGGGCUCGAAUCUUGUCUGCUAAAUUUCCUUCAUCUCUUUAAUCAAUUCUUCUUUCCACACAAAGAAAAGUCCCCUCAAUUCCAAGCAAACCUUGUUCCUUGAUAUGUUUUUAACUACUCAAAAUACUCAGGACCGUGUGGAAUUCACAUAAUCUACUCUGCCUUCCCUGGUUCUCAAAACAGUCAGUUUUACAGCAGUACUUAUCACUUUGUCAAGGCCACUUUCCCAGGAAACACCGCUUCCUGUACUUUCCCUCCAGCCCAGUUACCCAUUACACAUAUACAGUUUAAAAUAAAAUCCAAAUUUCCAAUUAACAUUCAAAGUACACAAAUAUUUACAUUAAAAAGAACACACACACACAAAAAAACAACAACAGCAUGUCCAGAAAGUAUAAGUAAUGACUUAUUUUCCCAGGGAAGAGUAGAUAGUUCUCAGUCAUCCAAUUCCCUAGAAAUGUCUAUAAGGAGUUGCAAACAAUUGAAGAUCCUUAUAGUUUCUCUUUUCAGCAAAAUACAGUGGUACCUCGGGUUGCAGACGCUUCAGGUUACAGACUCUGCUAACCCAGAAAGAGUACCUCGGGUUAAGACCUUUGCUUCAGGAUAAGAACAGAAUUCGCAUGGCGGCAGCGGGAGGCCCCAUUAACUAAAGUGGUGCUUCAGGUUAAGAACAGUUUCAGGUUAAGAACGGACCUCCAGAAUGAAUUAAGUUCUGAACCCGAGGUACCACUGUGUAGACAUAUGCAGUUCUUUUGAUGUUUCAGCCUUUCUGACCUGUUCCAAUCUUUCAAGUUUCAGUUUAUCUCUCCUAGCAUUUUUAUAAGCGCACCCAGCUUCCAACUUUAAGAAGGCAGGGUAGGGACUCUCAGAUGCUUCCAGAUUCUGCCUGGGUCCUGGCACCACCUUCCCAGCAAUCUUUGUAGAAAUAGUUUCUCCUUUCAAAAAGGCAUAGGCAUAUCCAGUCCUUAUCAAUAUUUCAGCUUCUCUAGUCUGUUCCAAAUUUAAAAUUCCAAUUUAUAAGAAUUCUUUGAAAACAAACUCAGUCUUCUUUAAACCACUCCAGCCAAGGUGUAUUCACAAUUCACAGUUAUAAAUCCAGUUGAAGGUAAUAAAGAAUGGGUUUCAGUUGAUUUUUAGUCUGAAUGUCACAUCAACAAGCAAAUAUACCAUUGAUGCCUGCAUUGAGCCCACCCACCCCCCCACACACACUGGGCCAACGCUGGUGUUCCCAGAAGCGCAGGGCAGGGCACACAGGAGGAACAGGCGGUGGCACCCGCAGGCAGGGCUCUGUGGCAUCCCUUCUGCCUCUGCUCUAUCGCGGGGGCCCAUCCCAGCACGUGCUCAGGCAGGGAGAGCAGGGCCUGGCCUGGCCAACUGCGCAUGAUGCAACUCAGUCUCAACCCCGCUUGGUUCCUUGAGGUAAUUGCGUGCACGCCCUUUGCCUCAAGUACAAAUUUAAAGACUAGUUCAGCUGGCAUUUUGUCACCCCCCCCCCCCCGAUGGCACCUGGAGCAGACUGCACUCACCACACACCCCUUGCUACCCCCCUGCUUGCAAGUCCUGUCCUCAUUGCAGGAAAGGAGCCACUGUAGUGCCUUCAGAUGUGUUUGAGAAUGAAAACAUAAUAUUCCUAGGAACAGAAAAAGAGAAAGUUUGGGUAUAGGUUGUCCAAUAAGAUUUGUCAACCCUAUAUGGCAUUAAGAGUUUCAAGGCAAUAUGGAUGUCAACUUUCAGUGGAGAACAAGGGAUAGGUGAGAUAAACUAAAUGUUUUGCUUUCUUGCCUUUUAAAAUGGUCAUUAUGCUUAAGACACCAUGCUUUUCAAAGAGAAUGAAAUCUGCUUUUCCUGAAGGGCAGUUAACAUAGGAUUACCAGAGAGCCUGUAACCCAUAUUGGUGGGAGUUGGGUGCAUGAGAUACAGACAGAAGCAUUGUCCACGAGACUCUAGAGCAACAUCCAGGAAUGCUGCCAUUAUUGUGCCAAAGCUGGUGGAGGGAAAGGGGGUGUUUUUAAAAUCACAUUUUGCUUACUAUUAUGGGGUGUGUGAAAGCACUGAAAUUGCUCCCUCUAGCUGUGCAGAAUGGAAGUGUUUGUUUUGCUUUAUCCCAUCCUUUAUCCUAGGAGUUUGUGAAGGUGUACAUUGUUAUUCCCCUUGCCACCAUUUUUUCAAUGUUAUCAUUUUAAUGAUAAAAAAACCAUUCUUCACUAGAAAUCAUGCGGCAGGAGCAGCAGCCUCAGCAAUAGAUUUAAGACCUUCACUUCUGAAAACUGUCUCAUCCAAUGUGAUUUCUCAAUUCAUCUGUUGUCUCAAUUUCAGUCUUCUCCCCAACUUUUAGACCUGUAGUUUCUUAAAUAUUCUCAAUUGCAUUUGUUUCAUUUGGAGUAAUUAGUAACACAUCUUUAUCUUGCAGGUUUAAAUCACCUUCUGGAUGAAAAUCGAAUUCAGGAUUUGUCUCUAUUGUAUCAGUUGUUCAGUAGGGUGAAAAAUGGAGUGCAAGCUCUCUUGCAGCAAUGGAUUGAAUAUAUAAAGGUAUCAAUAUGUGACUUAUUUCGAAAAGUUAACUUGGAGGAGCAAGUCUUAAAUUUACUGAGGUGGGGAAAGAUGUCUGCAAAAUCUUGGUUUAUAAGCCAUAUAUGACAAAUCAUGCGGUUAAGCUGUCACCAUAGUUUUCUAAAAUAUAGGCUGAACAAGUUUGCACAUCAGCAUUGUUGUGAGCACAGUGAGGAGCCAUCAUCUCUAUGGGAUCCAUUUCAUUCCCUUUCUUGACUUAACAUUCUGAAAAUCUUCAUGGGUUAACAUAAAGCUCCCUGGCUGACUUUGUACCAGCUUCAUUGAGUUGUUGUGGUAAUUAAAUGGGGGUGUAGGAACCAUGUACACCACCUUGAGCUCCUUGAAUAAAGGGCAGGGUGCAAUGAAGUAGGCAAUAAAUUGGUUAGUGCAUACUGCUUUUGUGUAAAGCAUGCAAUGUGUGUGCUUACGCACUGGAUCUUGUUCGAACUAUAUGUGGCAUCCAGCACAAGUGUGUGAUAAAUAACUUUCCUCCUUCGCAGGCAUUCGGCAGCACCAUAGUAAUCAAUCCAGAAAAAGACAAAACCAUGGUCCAAGAGCUACUAGACUUCAAGGAUAAAGUUGAUCAUAUAAUUGACAUUUGCUUUUUGAAGAACGAGAAGUUUGUUAAUGCCAUGAAAGAAGCCUUUGAGACCUUCAUCAACAAAAGACCAAAUAAACCAGCUGAGCUUAUAGGUACUUCUUCUUCUUGUUAUUUCAACUUAUUAAGACACCUACUAAUAAUAGUCUCAAGAUGGUAGUGGAAAGCUCAGUGAAGAUGCUGAACCAUGUGAAAAAGAUGAAUUGCAUGCUAGUAAUCAUUAGGCAUCCAAAACAAAGCUGCUGCUAAUACUAUAGUGCCGUUACACAAAUAUAUGGAGCAACCACACUUGGAAUGCCCUGUACAAUUCUCAUUCCCUUGCCUCGAAAAGGAUAUUGUGAAACCGGAAAGGGUUCAGAAAAGGGUGACCAAGAUGAUCAAGGGAAUGAAGUAACUCCCCUUUGAGAAAAGAUUACAACAUUUGGGGCUCUUUAGUUUGGAGAAAAGGCAAGUGAUAGAAGACAGCAACCAACUUGGACAGCAACUCCAGCACUCCUGGACACAUUCAUAUAAUCACAGCUGGCACAAUUAUAGUCUAGUGAAAUACCUAUUAAAGCUAGCAGAUACCUUGUGCAAGGUUGUAUUUCUGAGUUUGGUUCUGGGUCAGUCUAGUUCCUCUGAUGGAGCUUUGCAGCCCCUUGGCUGUGAGGGAAUAAGAGGGCUGACUUCCAAUCAGACCUGAUAUUUAAGAAUUGGUCAGACAGUCAUACCUCGGGUUAUAGUAGCUUCAUGUUGAGCGUUUUCGGGUUGCAUUCCGCGGCGACCCGGAAGUAAUGGAACGGGCUAAUUCUGGAUUUCGCCGCUCACGCAUGCACAGACCACCCACACAGACGUGGGUUGCAUUCUGCUCAGGAUACGAACGGGGCUCCGGAACGGAUCCCAUUUGCAUCCAGAGGUGCCACUGUACUUAGGAGCAGCAAGGUAGGCUGGAGAAGAUGGUGGUUUUGAAUGCUCAGAGUUUUAAGUUCCCUUUUGCUUUCCACAGUGAUGUCACGUUUGGUAGAUGCUAAGACUGUUGCUGGCAUGACACUUCUUUUCUGUUAGAACUGACAAUGAGCCAGUAGAGGUUAUAGAACACUAGCCUAGUCAAGAGUAAACUAAGACUUGCUUAAGGAGUUCCUACUCAGAUCUAUCUCUUCCUUUUUGGUUUUGUGUUUCUUCAGCUAAGUAUGUGGAUUCAAAGCUUCGUGCAGGUAACAAAGAGGCUACUGAUGAAGAGCUCGAAAAGAUGUUGGAUAAAAUUAUGAUUAUAUUUAGGUUUAUUUAUGGUAAGACCUGGUCUUCUUCUUUACAUUAGGCACCCAUGCAUAUCAGCAAAAAAUAUAGGCCCAAUAAUGCUGACUGAAUAAGACUUAAUGAAUGAGAAUAAGACUGUUAUUCUCCCAGCUUGUUUUGGGGUUUAGGUCUGCAGGAAUCAGAGUUAAUUAAAUACGCAAGAUUGCAUAACUCAGGUUCAUUGCCUUAACCCACAUUGAUUUUUAAAAAUGAAUCUGUAAACUAUUUCUGUUGUUAAAUUUGGUGGGUCGGAAUGCAUAGAUAGCAACUGGUUCUAACAUAGAGCCACUCUGAGGAAAUAAUAAGAAGGUUGGGUCAAACCUUCCACUGGAUCUCUCUGCCAUCUCAAAAUAAUCUAUCAAGCCCCUAGACCUGUUUGGAAUGAGGGGAGCUUCAGGGUUCUCCUCUGGAGAACAUGUACUUGGAAAGGAGCUUUAAAUCUGCUUCUCUUCUACAGGAAAAGAUGUUUUUGAGGCCUUUUACAAAAAAGAUUUAGCAAAGCGGCUAUUAGUUGGCAAAAGUGCAUCAGUCGAUGCUGAAAAAUCUAUGCUUUCCAAGCUCAAACAUGGUAAGGUUUUUUUGUUUUAUCCUCUGCUAAUUUCUUCUCUGUAUACUUCUCAUAGGAAACCCCCAAUAUAUGUUUUUGUACAAUAAGUCACUUGAGUAUUCUUUAGCCGUUGUGAUGUGCAUACCUUUUUCCUGCACAGAGCGUAUUCCUGUACAGUGGUACCUCAGGUUAAGUACUUAAUUUGUUUCGGAGGUCCGUUCUUAACCUGAAACUGUUCUUAACCUGAAGUACCACUUUAGCUAACGGGGCAUUGCGCUCCCGCCACGCCCCUGGAGCACAAUUUCUGUUCUCAUCCUGAAGUAAAGUUCAUAACCCGAGGUACUAUUUCUGGGUUACCGGGGUCUGUAACCUGAAGUGUAUAUAACCUGAACCGUAUGUAACCCGAGGUACCACUGUAUAGAAAAACAAUGUCAUGUGUGAAGGAUUCCUGAAAGACAGUGUCACUGCUGCUUUACUAGGACAGAGUAGUGAGGGAACACCAGCAGAACCAAGCUGCAGUAGUGGCCACCAAACCAGCCACUCCUGAGCAGUACUGCAAUACUGCCCUAAUCUUCAACUUGAACUGAAACAGAAAAUAUAUCUCUGCCCUCUUGUUAAUGAUGCCCUCUUAGUCACUUGUUGACAGUGACAAAAUUCCUAACUGCAACUUCAAUACACAACUGUCCUUUUGUAGAAUGUGGAGCUGCUUUCACCAGUAAACUUGAAGGAAUGUUUAAAGACAUGGAGCUUUCUAAAGACAUCAUGAUACAGUUUAAGCAGGUAUGGGUACAAAGUGGCCAUCCUUAUUUCAUCAUUAUCCGCUUGUGUUCAGUUACAUCUGAAAAGGACAUUGGAAGGACUCCCUCUUGCUUUGCUUUCUCACAACACGCAUACCUGCCUCUCAUAGAAUUGUAGAGAUGGAAGGGGCCACAAGGGUCAUCUAGUCCAACCCCCCUGCAAUCCAGGAAUCUUUUGCCAAAUGUGGGACUUGAACGCACAAUCCUGGGAUUAAGAGUCUCAUGCUCUACCAACUGAACUACUCAUACUUUAGUUCCAUCAACACAUUUUGGCUUCUGCAUGCCAAAUUUGUAAUGCUGUUAAGGAUUUUUGUUUUUUGUUGGAGCUAGUAUGAUGUAGCAGUAGAUAAGGAAAUUCAGCUUGAAAAAUCUGGGUUUCAAUUUCAUGAAAUUUACGGGGUCACCUAUGCCCAGUUUCCAUCUCUGUUAGUUUCAAGGUGAUUGAGUGGGGAGGUGGGAGUUGAUUUCUGCCACUCUGAGCAGCUUGGAGAAAGGAUAGGAUCUAAAUAUGGAGUGGGUGAAUGGCUAAUAAUGCCUGUAGCUUGUUUGUAGUUCUGUAUGGCAAAUUUGUCCAUUUGAUUCUGUUGUAGUAUAUGCAAAAUCAGAAUGUACCUGGUAACAUUGAACUCACCGUGAACAUCUUGACUAUGGGUUAUUGGCCAACCUAUGUGCCUAUGGAGGUGCACUUGCCACCAGAGGUAAGAUAGCUGAACAACACUUCCAAAAUGAAAUAAAUUUACUGCCCUUCUGUGAUGCUGAUGACUAUAAACUACUGAUUAAAAUUAAACAUUAGUUACCUAAUAAUUAGAAAGCUGGGAGAUGGCCAAGAAACGUCUGAGAUUGCAUCAAGCUUUAGAUUGAAUAUUUUGAGGGGUGGUUAUUUAAAUUAAGUAGGUUAAGUAAGUAGUUUGGGAGCCUCUCCCUUUGUAGCAGCAAAAAUAAAUGUACAAAACUUUGAGAAGAGUUGAAGCUUCUUGCACUUUUUUAAAAAAGUAUAUUUAAACAAUUUGGGAUAGAGGUGACUUUAUUAAAUCUCUUAAGAAGCUGUGGCACAAUAAAGAUUUACUUAGUUGAAACUAGCAGUUCUUAAUUGAAGAUUAGAAACUAAUUCUAAUCUUAAACCCUUUUGGUUGUAAAAUGCUGGUAUUAAAAUGACUUGUAUAAAGUUUCAUGGUACAAAUAUAAUAGUGAUAGAGCAUUUUCAGAUAAGCAGUCAAAAAGUAGAGGGGGGGAAGGGCAGAAAUAAGGAAAUAGUAGUUGAUCAUUUCAACUUUAAGCUCAUAUUUCUCUUCUCUUCAGAUGGUGAAACUGCAAGAGAUAUUCAAGACAUUUUACCUGGGAAAGCACAGUGGCAGAAAACUUCAGUGGCAAUCAACAUUAGGACACUGUGUACUCAAAGCAGAAUUUAAAGAGGUAAUGUUUUCUUACCAGUAUAGUGUUAAUCACUCAUUGAAGUCAUUUAGUAAAUGUGGAAUGUAACAGGUCUUUUUAAGUGAUCAAUCCCAUUUUUUAAAAUUGGUUUCUGGCUUUUGUUCAGCUUUAUUGAACCAUUUCUGCCUUAUUUCAUUUAAUGUGCUUUCGUUUCUUCAUCAGUUCUGCCACCAACAUCCUGUGCCAUCAUUGGAUGAAAUGCCCAUCUUUUGGUGAAUACCCACAAGAACAAGGCUUUCCAUGAUCCAUCAAAAGUAUUCAAUUAGGGUCAUUUCCCCCCAAAUAUAAAUAUAAAUAUAUUUGUGGGGGGUUGAACCCUGGAUGAGCAUAGACUUGUAUUGGUUUCCAAGUUGUAAAAGGACUUUAUAGGUUGAAACCAGCACUUUGAAUUAAGCCUGGAAACAGGGAAACAUUAGGAAGACAGAAUAGCUGGAGAAUCGGGAAAACUGUCCUAAUGAGGGUUUGCUCGGUAUAGAUUUCAGCAUUGUUAAUUCAGACUGUGUGCAAUUUCACAACCACAUUCAUAGCCAAUCCUAAACUGGUCUAAGUGUUUCAGAUACAUAGUUAAGGAAGGCAAACCAUAGUUACACAUUAUGUCUUCAUAGGGCAUUAAGUACUCUGCUCUAAAGACAACACAGUUGUCAUGUGGAUAAUAUUUCCUUUUCUGCAGAAUGGAUGUUAUUUCUGCAAGCUGUAGGACUUCCCUCUGCAUGCAUAUAGAACUAUCAUUAAACAAAUUUCUUAAGUUUUCUAAGGAAAUGCAGAAAUGUUUUUAUCAUUCUUUUUUUCUGACAGGGAAAAAAGGAGCUGCAGGUUUCAUUAUUCCAGACUUUAGUGCUGCUUAUGUUUAACGAAGGUGAAGAAUUCAGUUUAGAGGAGAUAAAACAAGCUACUGGAAUAGGUUAGUAUUGGAUGCUCCUUGUUGUUUCUGAGUACUAGUGACUAAAAAACUAAACCAUGUCCUUUCUAUUGUAGAGGAUGGAGAGCUCCGACGAACCCUGCAGUCGCUAGCCUGUGGCAAGGCCAGAGUGCUAACAAAAAGCCCCAAAGGCAAAGAUGUGGAAGAUGGUGACAAAUUUACCUGCAAUGAUGACUUCAGGCAUAAGCUAUUCAGGAUAAAAAUCAAUCAGAUCCAGAUGAAAGAAACGGUACCUGUUUCCCCCCCACCCCCUUCAUAUUACUGACAUAUGUUAUCUGGUCGCCUGAUCAGUGGCCUAAAUCACCCAGAAGCAGAUCACUGGCAGCUAUGUUGACUCCAGCUUUCCAUUUAUGCUGCUGGAGUCAUCAGGAGCUAUUUGAUAUGCCAGAGGGAGGGGUUACACAAACUUCUUUUUUCUGAGCUUGGGACAUCAAGACACUUGCUAUUGACUCAUUACAAACGAAAGCUGUCUUUUACAUUAAAUUAGAUUUUCAUUUUCCUAGUGUUUGGCAAAGCAUCUAUUUACAUUGCAUGCUUACUGCUGAAUUAUUCAUGGCCAUCAGUUCCUUGCUGGGUGGCUUGUUAGCUAUAGCUUAUUCUUAUAAUAUACAGUAGCACCUCGGCUUACAUUACCCUCAGCUAACAUAAACUUGAGGUUGCGAAAGUGGCAAACUUGGAAGUGUUUCUUGCAUGCGUAGAAGUGGUCUGCCACCAUGCGUGCACGCAUGUGCAGAAGCGGUCCCUCCGGAUGCGGAAAUCUCGGGGUCUGACCAGAGUUCUGGAAUGGAUCCCGUCCGCAACCAGAGGUACCACUGUACUGGUUUAUUUCCAUUUCCUUCCUGCCGCUAAAAGCCCUCUAAAAGAUGACCAGGAGGAGGGUGGAAAUCAUGUUUCAUCGCAAAUGUUUAAAUCAGAGCUUCCUCUGAGCCACCAGGUCUUACACCCCACACAGUUUUUCAGUUGCUGUUGGUGUUACAAAAUGUGCAUUCUUCUCAUUGACACUGCCCGCACCCCAGCAAAAAGACUUAAUAUUUAUUUAAUGUAAAAAAAAAAAAUCACUUUCCAUGCAGCUUUACCAUUUAAAAAUGAAAGCAAACAGGGCAGUUGUUGUUUUUUUAAAGCUAUAGAAGUCAUAAAACACUAAAACAUCAUUUGAAUCAAUGUAGCGGUAGUCACCAGUUUGGAUGGCUUUAAAGAGGGGUUAGACAAAUCCAUGGAGGAAUAGGUUAUCAAUGACUACUAGUAAUGAUGGCCAAGUACUUGUUCCAGUAUUGUAGAGAGGAUGCUACUGAACACCACAUGUUGGACUAUGAAUGGCCGAGGGCUGUUGUGCUCAUGCCCUUCUAUAAGCUUCUCAGUGGUGUCCAGUUCACCACUGCAAGAACAGAUUGCUGGAUCAGCUAGACCUUGGGUAUGAUCUAGCAGGACUCCUGUUUAUUCUUAGCCAGAUGUACAAUAAUCAGCCUUUAAAAACUAUUGCAAAGGCCUGAACAAAUAACGGCUUUUCAAACUGGUGCUUAAAAUGCAGGAUAGUAGGUGUAUACAGUUAUGGGAAAGGUAUUUCAAAGGCAGGAUUCUCCUCCUGAGAGAUCCUAAAUAUUAGUCAUUGCUUGCCUGCCUGACUUCUAAAUGGCGACACCCAAAUAAUUAACUUGAUGAACAGAGAUGGCUUGUGUAGAAGCAGGUGACUUAGAAUACAAAGAUAUAUUUAGGAUAUUCAGGUUUAGGGGGGUGGCCUUUCUUAUCGGAAGUAGUACCUCAUGGAACACCAAUGUAAUUUCAUCCACCCAUCCCAAAUUAAUGGCUGAUUUAAAUUAAUCCAUUCACCAGUUGACAUAAUUAAAACAGUUUUUCCAUUUCUGAUAUGCUUUCCCCCCAAAAUGUUCUGCUCCUGCAGGUGGAAGAACAAGCAAGCACUACAGAGAGAGUCUUUCAGGAUCGUCAGUACCAAAUUGAUGCUGCAAUUGUGAGAAUCAUGAAAAUGCGCAAGACGUUGAGCCACAAUCUGCUCGUGUCUGAAGUAUACAACCAGCUUAAAUUCCCAGUAAAGGUAGAGUAUGAGUGUUCUUGCUUAAACUAUCGGCAUCAAAAUUAGUCCUGCAAAUUCUCUGCUUGUUACAGAACUUUCAAGAUAAAAAUAGUUUUGUUAUUGAGAAUGUCCAGUGUAGCAAAAAGGGAUGCGGGUGGCGCUGUGGGUUAAACUACAGAGCCUAGGGCUUGUCAAUCAAAAGGUCGCGGUUCGAAUCCCCCCAACGGGGUGAGCUCCCGUUGCUGGGUCCCUGCUUCUGCCAACCUAGCAGUUCGAAAGCACAAACUGCAAGUAGAUAAAUAGGUACCGCUCCGGCGGGAAGGUAAACGCCGUUUCCAUGCGCUGCUCUGGUUCGCCAGAAGUGGCUUAGUCAUGCGGGCCACAUGACCUGAAGCUGUACGCCCGCUCCCUUGGCCAAUAAAGCGAGAUGAGCGCCAUAACCCCAGAGUCGUCCGCGACCUAAUGGUCAGAGGUCCCUUUACCUUUACCUUUAGUAUAGCAAAACCAAAAGAUUUAGUCAGCAAAUGAUAAAGAAUUCCAAUAUAGGAUAAGUUAGGAAGGCUGUGAGCUUUCAGCACUCAGAACCUAUGCCUAUAUGCUAUGUGUUGUUAGAAUAGGAAGAUUUUGUAGAUGCAGUAAAGUGCAUGUCCAAAGUCCACCUGUGUUGUGAAUCUUAAUUUCUUUCUGUUUAUAAACCUUUGCACCCAUGUGAAGGAAUUGAAUUAGUACACUAAUAUGUAAAAACUGAAUGAUCAUUAUAUACAUAUUUUAAUACUACCAUGAUUAAAAAAUGGUUGCUGACUUCCUGAAUUGCUUUCACAGCCCGCAGACCUUAAGAAGAGAAUAGAGUCGUUGAUUGACAGAGACUACAUGGAAAGAGACAAGGAGAACCCAAACCAGUACAACUACAUUGCAUAA